CACUGGAUUACUCGAGUGAAGCGCAGAGCUGCUGCUGAUGUAACGGGUCACACCACGCGCACAACUUAAGCGAGUGGACACAUAUUAACACGCGGACCGGGCCGGAUUUAAUAUAUUCGUCUGAAGAGGGUGUUCUGGUUACAUUGCGGGUAUAAAUCAGAUCAUCAACGCAAAAUUCGCUUCUGCACAGACGGAGUGAAUUGGACACGGACCGAGGCUCGUGAACGACUGCAGGCACACGCAGGCAGUGAUAAGAGCAGAAUGCAGAUAAGAGCACCCGUAACGGGUGCCUGUGGUGGUGAGGAAUGACAUCACCCAGAUGAGAGGCAUGGAGCUGAAGGUAUGGGUGGAUGGAGUGCAGCGGAUCGUCUGCGGGGUCACAGAGGUCACCACAUGUCAAGAGGUUGUGAUUGCUUUGGCCCAAGCUAUAGCAUAACUGUCACUAUGCUUGUCUCCUUAACAACAAGCCCUCUUUGAGAUCAGAGAUUGGAGCAGUGAAAUAAAGUAUUGUCCCAUUCUAGUCUCAGUGUUUGACCCUUUCACCCCAAACUGGAAAAAAUAAGACUAGACUUGGUCAUGAAAUAAUGGAAUUAAACAAAAUCUCUGUUCCAGUGAGGCGACUGGCCUCUGGUCGCACUGGCCGCUAUACGCUGAUAGAAAAAUGGCGCGAUACAGAGAGACACCUGGCCCCCCAUGAGAAUCCUGUAGUGUCAUUAAAUAAGUGGGGUCAGUAUGCUAGUGAUGUGCAGUUGGUGCUUCAACGUACAGGACCUUCUCUGAGCGAGCGCCCCACCUCUGAAACCUCUGCUAGGGCCCCCGAACGCAGCCUAUACCGCCAAAGCCUCCCUCCGAUGGCAAAGCUCCGCCCCACAGCCAAUGACCGAUCCCUCAAACGGCGUGAGCCAAAACGCAAGUCGCUUACUUUCACCGGUGGUGCCAAAGGGCUACGUGACAUAUUCGGAAAGAGCCGUGAGGGUGAGUCCAAACAGCGAACAGUGAACCGCAGCAGCACGCCAGGUCCUACUCAAGAGCUCUCCCACCUGGUGCAGCUGCAGAAGGACAAGCUGCGCAUCCUAGAGCAGAAACUGCAGCGCUGUGAGACGGAGCUUCAGCAGCAACUGACGGAGGAUGAAGGAGAGGAGCUGGUCCAGUUGGAGCAACAGGUCUGCAGGAAUGAGGCAGAGAUGAAGGAGCAGGAAUUCUGGGAGAACGAGCUGCAGAUUGAGCAGGAGAACGAGAGGCAACUACACGAGCAGCUGCAAGAACUGCGCAGUCGUAUACAUGAGUGUGAGGAGCAACUGGGAGAGUACCUAGCACGCAUUCAGUGCAUGGAGGCAGGGCUGGAGGCUGAGCGUUUGCAGCAAGAGUUGAUGGAGACGCAGCUUGCAGAUGAAUUAGAGGUCCGGUCACGGCUGGAAAAGGCUCACGCCGAGCUGGACAUGCAGACGCAGCAGGCUGGCAGGUUGGAGAGCAGCUGCAGAGCUGUGGAGCUCUCACUUGGGCAGUCAAACAUAAGGCUACAGGAGAGAGAGCAAGAGCUCGAACAGUUAACUAAGGAGCUGAGGCAGGUGAACCUCCAACAGUUUAUCCAACAGACUGGCAGCAAAGUAACAGUGCUGCCAGCAGACCCUGCGGAGGAGGAAGCCAACACAGAUACAGAGACUCAGUCUGGAUGUCUGAAGCGACUUGGAUCAGCCCGUCAACUUCCCAAUGAUCUACGAGCUCUACAGAGUCCCCUAAACACAACCUUUAACCCUGAAGGCAUCUACGUCUGAUUUUGCACUGGGCAUGAAUAUUUAAUCCCAAUGCAGUUUGCAUUUCCUACGUGACUUCAUGUUAUCUCAGACCAUUAACCUUUCGCUUUAUGAACACACUCCGUGGACUCACAGAGGAAUCUUUUGUUCACUCCACACGAAAUGUGUCCAUAUUGGUUUAUUUUGGAUAUUGAUAGUGAUUUACUUAGUCUUCCCCUAUCAGUGCUUUAUCAAUGAACAUACAAAGACAUCUCCAGCUCACUUUCACUGGACCCAAAUCUCAAUAAGGCCUUCUACAUGUCUUUGCUAGACUCAUACAGAACAAUAGAGAAAAGACAUGUUGACUCAGCCUACUGUAUGUUCUACCUAUCAACUUUCUAGUAAAGGUCAGAAGAUGCAGCAUCAUGAUGUCUUUCAUUUCAAGAAUGUUUAUGAAUCUCCAGGAAAACCUCACUCUCAAUGCGAGUAUGUAGGCAGCAGGAAUUAUGGAAAGAUGCAAAAUGGAUGAUAAAUUAUGCAGUUUAUAUUUUAUGGCUCUUCAGCAGGAAGAAAGUUUAUGGAGAGGGGUGAAGUUUCACCUUAGCACUUUAUUGGCCAAAACAUCUGCUGUGGAAUUUUACUGAAAUCUGAAAAGCUGAAGAAUCAUUUUCUGUACUGAUCAGGAAAAACAGGUGCAUGUGAUAUGCAAAUAAAAAAAAAGACCGAAUGAGAUGAAGGAAUAGAGAGAUGUUUUUGCAUGAAAGUAGCUUGUGGAAUUUUUGUUAUCUUCUUAAAGUAAAUUGAAGGCACCUGAUUUUUGUUAAAAAGCAACCUUUUAAAUGAUGCAGGUACACGACGUAUUGCAGCUAUUCACAAGUCUUUCUAAUUACUGGUCUGUAUUAAUGCAUUUUGCUGGGGCUUUCUGUCACAAUUAAAUGGCAGUAAAACAUUUUGUCCAAUAAAUGCAUAUUAUUAGUCAUACUUUUAAUAAGCUGAUAUCUCUGAAAUGCAUAUCUAGAGUUGUCUUUUAUCAGUUGCUAACAAAAACAAAACAAAAAAAAUCACACCAGUUGCACAUUUUCUAUUAUUUGACUGAAUUGAGCAAAACUGUAGUUUUUUUUUUUUUACCAGUUUUCAGAACUGUAUUUUAUUUCAGAUCAAACCAAAGUGUUCUGGACAGCCAAUUCCUUCAUGAAUGUGAGAUGUGAAAUUCUGCUUAUGUGCAAAGUUGCAAAGUGAAGCAGCUCUAAAAUGUAAUUACAACAUGAUAUUUAAAAAUAUGUUUGAGUGUAGCAGGAUCUGCCUCCCUUAAAGCCUCAUUCAGAUACAUUUAAUUGUGGCUCCAUUUGAUUUAAAACUAUUUUUUUUUUACAUUUACAGUGGAUAUAAGCAAAGAUCUUUUAGAAGCGUGCAUAAGAAAUUGUUCAUUUAGAUUUGCUGUAGCAGUUUCUGGAUUUGAAUUGAUAUUUUUGUAAACUGACUGAUUUCCAUUUUUUACAUGGGUUAUUUUGCUAAAGCUAGUAUUUUAAGAUAAUCUUUAUGGGUGACUGAAACAUUUUAAGUGUAUUUUUGAAAAUCGUGUUUAAAGAAGAAAACCAAACAGCUCAGCUAUUUUCUUUAUAUAUGUGCCAUGACCUGCACCUCACAAUUUAAGGUGUGUGUUUACAUCUAAAAGUUUUAAGGGUUAGUUCACCCAAAAGUUUUUAAUUCUGUCAACAUUUUAACUCACCCUCAUGCCAUUCCAAACCCAUUUGACUUUCUUCUGUGAAAAAAAAAAAUAGUUUUUAAUUAUUAUUUAAGGAUUGAUGUUUUCAUUCCAUAUAAUGAAAGUGAAUGGGGUACAUAUAUUUUAACAUCUUUUGUGUUCCAUUGAAGAAAGUUAUACAGGUUUGGAACAACACAAGGUUGAGGUUGCUUACAUAUUUGUAUUUUGUAUGAACUAUCCCUUUAAUAUAGCUGCACCUUUGAAACUGAAUUGAUCCAUUUGCCUCUAUAUUUACUGAUAGUUUUUUUUUUAUUAUUUCUUUUUUUAUGUAGCAGUCAUGUUGAUUUCACACAGAAGUGUUGUGCACUGUCAUGAUCCGUAAAAGAGCAUUUGGAUGCCACAUUAACAAAACCCAGUCAUCUCUGUAUGAAGAGGGUAACGUUUGAGAAGCAUGCCUUACAAAAAAAAAAAAAAAAAAAGUAUAAAGAGCAUACAACAACAUAUCACUCUGUAGAGUACAGCGGACUAUUUUUAACAUAGUUGAAAAAAAAUGCACAACAGUCUCUUUGUUGAACAGCUAAAAGGAUCUAAAUGUUUUCAUUUUUAGUAUUGUGGCAUGUACUGACAUUGUUUUGAUCUUGUCUGAGAUACUCAACGAGGCCUGAAGUUGCACCUUUUGCACCUACUACAGAAAUGUGUAAAAUGCCUGUAUACAUAUGUUUAAUUGUAACAGGCUUGAGGUGCAAGACUGCAGGACUAAUGUGUGAGUGUUCAAAAUGAACAGUAUGUGCUUUUAUCACCUGUUGUUAUGCACACAGGUGUGACUAAGAUAACAUUAAGCUCAGCUGAGAGUUGUUCUAAAGGAAAUGGCAUCAUGAUUUGAUAUCUCUGGAUCACAAGUUUUGACCUUUAAUGCAGAACCAAAAUACCUUUGGGCAAGAGACUUUUAUCAACUCUAUUUUUAAAGAAUUAUGUUUAUUAAACUUCUUCCUUCUAGAGAAGCAUUGAAUGCCUGAAAAAAGUACCCUGAAUUAAUUUGUUUAUCAAGCAGCAUAUAAUAUGUAUGCCAUAAGUGGGAAAAGAUGCAGUAACAUUGUAAAAUAAAAAAUAAAUUA